GACCUAAGAGAGAAAUUCCUUUUCCAAUUAUAUCGUGGUGGUGUUGAAAAAGCUCGUAUGGACACUGUGCUUCCCAGUGUUGAUUCUUUGGUAAAUUUGGUCAAUCAAUCUUAUGCUUGAGAGAUAGUUACAACUUACAAUAUGAGAUGCAUUGAUGUAGAUGCUGAACCAAAUAUGUGGAUCAGUUGAUGACACCGUCAGGGAUCCUGUGAUUUCCAGUAUUUUUCAUGCAUCAUUGGAAGGUUACCUUUGGGUACUGCUAGAUGGAGGACCUUCACGUGCAUUUUCUGAUUCAGAUAUCAUAUUGAUGGAGGAUGAUCUGAGAGCACUACAGGAUUUCUUUGUGGCUGAAGGAGAAGGUCUUCCUCGUUCUACAGUAGAGCGAGUAGCGAAGUUUGCUCAUCAAGUGUUAAGCUUAUUUUCCCUUCAGACUAGUAGCGUUAUCCAAAUGCUAAUGAAUGCAAGUGAGCACAUCUCAACUAGGGUUCAGUCAGGUGAUCACGGUCAUAGAUCACUGGAUGAUGCAAAUACUUUGAUACGAAUAUUAUGUCACAAAAAGGACACGGAAGCUUCAAAGUUUCUAAAGAGGCAGUACCGGCUCCCGCCAUCCUCAGAAUACGAAGAAAAUCCUAAGAUUGAAUCAACAUCAAGUUCAGCCAUGUUUUCAGAUCUGCUAAAAAGAAGUGCAUCAUUUCGGUUUCCAGAAACAGGACAUAGUAGCUUCAAAUCAUUGAAGAAGAAAUUUCAAGAAGCAUGGUGAGAGGUCUGGCUUUGAUGCUGAGGGGUAUAAAUUAUGCUAUUUUGGCUUAAGUGGCUGACUGUCUUUUAUAUCCUAUGUGGGUGACUGCCAAUAACUUCCAACGAGAAGCAGCUUGAUGCAACUUGAUUAUAACUUUGACUAGUGGUGUGAAAACUCUAAUCUUGCUGGAACAAAGACUAGGUUUAGUAUAGCUUAGUGGCAAGAUGAUGCAGUUGAAGGUUGUCAAGUCUUGCUAUAGUUCGUUGGUGCUGAUUUUGUGUAUAAUGACCUGAGAUUGAUCAACUUGAGAUAAUCAAUAGGAUGUGUUAACAUUGGGGUUCAUUUCUUCUACAACCCCUCUAGAGUGAGGUUGUAACAGUUAUUAGCAAAAAUCAGCUAAUAGCAAGCAGGAGAAUGGAGAUCGGAAAAGGAUACCCGGAUACAGAAUAUGAGCAAGAAUUGAGUCUACAAUUUUUAUGUUGAUUGUUCGUUAUUGUAGAUUUUGCCAAUGACUGUUAUUCAUAUAGUAUCAUUUCAAAAAAAGUGGUGUAAUAUUGGUUGGGGAAGCGGUUGAUGAGAUAGAUAUUAGACAAAGCUUCUGUUAGUUCUGUAAGGCUUCUUUUUGGUGUUUGUGUGGAUCUUUGUAGGUUUGUUUUAAUUUCAUAAACGGGUGCAAUAAAGUUUUCAUAUUAGCGCAAAUUUACAUUUUUUAAAAUGAUGCCAAAUUGCCAUUCUGUUCUCAGUUAGAUUGUGGAUCUUUCUAGCUUGUAUUAAUUGUUGCGUUGAUAGUGUUUGAAACGAACCUUCCUAUGUUGCUGUUGUAAUAAAUCACUGUCAU